UGUUACCAAAAAUGGUAAAAAUCUGGUGCCCUCUGAUCGGAACAAAGCAAAAGUGUCAAAAAAAGUCGCCACGAUGUCAAAGUUCACCCGUGAAAAUACGGCCUCAAAGCUGCGCGGUGCUGGAGAUGGCGUCAAAAGCUCGAAACCUUCCGACCGCGUUCCUGUCCCUUCGUCCCGAAAAUUCACCGCAACAAUGGUGCGAGAUGAAAGCGUCCAAUUGAAAUUGAAAAAAGUCAUUGACGAAAUCGAGGCCAAACAAGGACUCAAAAAGGCCAAAACCGUAGCUGAGAUAACGCCCACCAAAAGUACGCGUAAAAAUCGUGUGAGGCGUCCCGACGGCCAGCAGCAAGUGUUGCAUGCGACGCCUAGACCUCCACUAGAUGACGUGAAAAGGUCGCCGUCGCGACGCGUCGAUAGAGAGCGUCGUCUCCAGCUAUUGGUUUACCAUGGUUUUCUUCUUUUCGUUUGGCGCCGCAGCAAAAUGCGCCUAACGAUGGUAUCUGAGUCAUUAAGGCGCCGACAGGAGCAGAUUUCCAAUUUGGAAAAACAAAUCAACUGUUUGAAAGAUUUAACACAAUCGGAAUGCCACAAACGUGGCGAAGCAAUGGGUGAUUGUCAACGAUUGGAAAAUCUCUUAAAAUCGGUCCAAUUGGAAAAUAAUUCUUUAGUUGCGGAAAAAAUUGAGUUAGGGAAAGAAUUGAGUGAAUUGCAAGCUAAACUUCAAAGUUUGAGUUUGGAGAAAGAAAAUUUGAGGAAUGAAUUCAAUACGAAAAAUGUUCACCUGAAACGAGUGGAACAGGAACUGCAAAAAGAAAGAAUAUUGAUGAUGGGUUUAAGGGACCAAAAUGCUGCACUUGUUAGUAAGGUAAAAGCGCAAGAUGCGGAGAUUGAAGCUCAGGAGCAGGUAACUGAUCGAUUGAAUCAAACUUUGAAGGAUUUGGAGCAGCAUUUAAAUGAAUGUCGGGAAGAAAAACGAGUGCAAAGUUUAGAAUUUGAGAGACUUUCAGAGCGGUACCAGUUUGUUGUUAAAAAAAGCGACUGUCUUAAACAGGAAUUGAGUAGAGUUUACGCGGCUCGAGAUCGAAUGAAAAUUAAAAUCGGGGAUUUGGAAGACAAUUUAGCGAGAAUUAGUGCACAGUAUGAGGCGAUUUUGGAUGAAAAUCGGGGUUUGAGGGCGGAAAGGGACAGGAGGAAGGUUUGGUGGAGGAAUGCCAAGGAUUUUCUGGAGGUUUCUUGGGCACUUUUGCAACAUGCUGCCUAUAUAAUGUUGCCAGCGAUGUAGCUGGUUUUAUUUAAUAUUUUUUCAAGUUUUAUUAUUAUUAGCUAUUGUAAUUGUAUUUAUAUUUAUAAACUAAUCGGAAGUAA